ACGAGGCAAAGUAGAUAGAUGACUACUGUUGGCAGGAAAUUGAGAUCGAGGGAAAGUGUGGCCACAAAAAUAUUAUGGAAAAAUUAAAUUGUGGAAGAAGCUAUUUGAGAAAUGGAAGAUUAUAUGAGGGUCAAGGAUGCUCACUUGUUUCAGUUUUGUUUUAAAAUUCGGGGACCGAAUUUCUUAAAGUGGGGAGAAUUUAAUACCCCAUUAGAAAGGGCUUAAGAGUUUAAAAAAAACGGAUAAGUUAAAAUUAAAAAGGGGAAUAAAAUGGGCUCAAGCCUAUUUGCACGUGAGAAAAUAAAGAAAAAGGGAUUAGGGAAUUGGGAAUUCACGCCAUAGCAAUAUAAAGGAAAAAAAAACUCUUCUCCAAGAUUGAAGCAACACAGUUGAUUGGAAAACAAAGUAACUUUAGAGGCAUCGUUUACUCCAUCUCAACGCCCUAAAUCACAAGAUUUGACAAAAGGAAGUCAUACAAAUUGUUUGAGGUGACAAGUUUGGUAUUCGACAAGUAUACUGUGACGGCGAGGAUUACGUUAGCUAGAGAGUUCGAGGUAGCAUUUUCCUGGAUUGUGUUGGUGCAAUUGAUGGGACAUAUGUACAAGUGGAGGUGCAAAAGGAUAAGCAACAAACAUGUCAUAACCGAAACAACUGAUGAACUUAUUGAUGGUCGGAAUGCAUCACACAUUACUCCGACAGCCUUAGAUAGGUGGGAAGGCAGGCUAGAAGAUGUUUUUAGUGGACAGCCAUUUGACAUGCUCAAUGCUGCUUUGUCCGAUACAGUUUCCAAAAUUCCAGCUGAUAUUCAGGUUCUGGAACCUAAAUCUCUAAGUAAACUGCUUGAAGCAAUUGAUCCUAGUCAGUUACCUGACUGUCUGGGUGGUUCUUGUACCUGUUCUACCGAGGGUCUCUGCCUCAGGUCUAAUAAAGGUCCAUGGAGUGAUCCUCAAAUAAUGAAGGUUAGAGCAUCAAAUUCUACCCCUUACACAUUGAUGUCAAUGAGCAUGUAUCAUUGCUUUGCCAAAAGCCUGCAGAAUAUAAUUCGAUGAAUUUUUCCACUAAUGGAAGACAAAAUUAUGAAGAUGCCCUGAGGCUUGAACCAAUUGAUCUAUGGCUAAUGGUGCACGUGUUGCAGUUAUCUUGUAUUUGUGUGAUCGGAGUUUGUCAGUUUGAUCAUUUCCGAUUAAGCAGUGGAAAUUGUUAUGCUGAAUAUGAGAUGGUUGAGAUCCCAAAUAAAAUAAAUGCGAGUGUGUUUUGACUGCCAACAGUGUUGCGCGAGGGUAGUACGUGUCAGAGCUUCUGCAAUUUUGAGUACUUCUAAUCCUUUUACAUAGAAUUUACAAAAAUGUCUCUCCCAAGAAGUUCAUUUGCAGAAAGCUGCUGGAUUUGGUCCACAAUGGUAUGAACCUCUAGCUGUUAAAGAUUCCACAGCACUAUGAAGGCGUCUCUCACUGGUUGGAGGUAGCAGGUACCUGGUGAAAUUAAUUAAGGUGUGCACGGGCUGACCGACACUACGAUGCUUAUCGAGCCAAAUUGCCUAUUGAUGAUGGAAUUGUCUUUCUUUCUAAAGUGAAAGCGAUGCUACAAAAUGUGAAGUCACAAACUUGUUAUUUGGUUAUUUGGUUAGCUAUUGUAUACUUAUUUGGUUAGCUGGUCUUACAAAAGGGAUAACAUCAUAACAAAAAUUAUUUGGAUCCUUCUUGUCAUUGAAAUUUGAUUAGCUGUUAUUUUUACAGAGAAUAACUAUUAUUCAUA